GCUGCAGCCGGGGUCCUGGUGGUUGUCCGGACGGUGACAUUGGGAAGAUGGCGGACGCGACUCGGCGGCUCGUGCAGAACCUGGUGACCCGGGGCCCGAAACUCGCCCUCGCUGCUGCUAAUUACUCUAAGCCUCGUCUAGCUACCUUCUGGAAGUAUGCCCGCGUGGAACUGAGUCCUCCAACGCCUAAAGAAAUCCCAGUGGCUGUUGAAAGCUUGAAGGGUUUAAUAGCAUCGUUUAAGGAGGGAGCUUACAAACAUGUAACUGUAAAGGAUGCUCUAAGGAACACACUGGUGGCCACUGAAGUUGUGAUGUGGUUUUACAUUGGCGAGGUCAUUGGUCGACGAAGCUUGAUUGGAUAUAAAGUCUGAACUAUGCCCUCUGUUGAACCAGCAUUCCAUUGUAAAUGAAUGAAAAAUACUUCACAUUAAAUAAAACCAUUAUUAGGACUUCGAA